AUGGCAGCAGACGUGCCUACUAUGGUGACGACUGUGAGGGCUGUCGUUGGGACAGUGGCUCUGCUGGCUCUGAUGGUUUGCACGACGCGGCUCUACUUGCGCAAAUUCGUCAUUCGCGCCUUCGGCCUCGACGACUACUUUGUGAUCGUCUCUCUGGGCGUUUAUAUCUCCUUGUGCACCUACCUUUUUGUCGCCUCCUCCGUCAAGAUCAGCCUGAUUGUCUUCCUCAUGCGCAUCUUCCCCACGAAAUCCAUCCGCUACUUUGGCAUUGGCAUUAUCGUAUUUUUGGUCUUGGUAACCAUAUCCGGGGAGCUACCUCUAAUCCUUCAGUGCAUGCCGGUGCGCGCGGCCUACGACAAGACGGUUGCCAACUUCAAAUGCUUCUCUCCAGAUGCAAUGUUUGGGAUCGAGAUGUACCAGGGCGUAGUCAUGUUUGCUGUUGACAUUGUGAUAUUCUUGAUGCCCAUUCCCACCAUCUGGAAGCUUCAGAUGCCCAUUCAGCGCCGGUUGUCGAUUAUCGGUCUGUUUUCGCUGGGUAAGCAUAUCGGAAGACUCCUGGAAGCUGGAGCGAGGGACUAA